AUGGACCAAAGCCCCCACCACGCUGACGCUGCAGCCGCUCCGCUGCGGGGCACCACCCCGACCAGCUCCACCCCCUCCGCCACCACCGCCUCCACCUCCGCCACCACCACCGCCUCCGCCUCCGCCACCACCGCCGCCGCCACCGCCUCCGCCUCCGCUGGUGCCACCACCACCGCCACCCCCGCCACCACUCCCACCGCCACCCCCACUCCCUCCGCCCGCUCCACCGCCACCUCCACCGCCCGAGCGCGGCGCGGUAGCGAGUGUCACUAG